AUGAAACGAUAUUUGGGUUUGCUUUUACUGGCUACUAUGAGUCUAGCAGCUAUGGCUAAGGAUACCUCGUCCAAUCUUUUACCAGGCGGAGAAGCAAUUGAGAAUAUGGAUAUCUCAGAGGCUUCUCCUCAGAGUAGUUUUACGAGAAGUUUGUUUUUUGCUAUUUCCAUGAUCUUUGGUUGCGAACUUGGAGAUAAGACGUUUAUUGUGGCAGCCCUCCUUUCUUUCGAAAAUUCAAGAGGCAUGGUAUUCCUUGGAUCUUAUAGUGCCUUAUUUUGCAUGACUUUACUCGGCGUCCUUUUAGGACAUGCUGCGCCUAUGCUUUUCCCUAAACAAUAUACGGAUCUUUUAGGUGGAUUGCUUUUUGUAAUCUUUGGUGUCAAAAUGAUUCGUGAAGGCAUCGAGGCCAUGAACGCUCAUGAAUCAAUUGAUGAAGAGUUUAAGCGUGUGGAAGAUGAAAUUAAGACUGCUAAGCCAGUUGAAGAACUUAUGGAAGAAGGUUCGAUUCCCAAAAACCAUGUUGAGAAAUCAGAGAAAGAUAGCGUUGAUUUUAUAAGUCCAACUUUAGACGGAUUAAAGAAUCUUUUCGGGUUCUUGUUGUCUCCCCUGUUUGUAAAAGCAUUUGCAUUGACAUUUGUAAGUGAAUGGGGUGAUCGCUCGCAAAUAGCAACCAUUGCUAUGGCUGCUAGUGACAAUAUGUUUGGUGUAUUUCUAGGAGCCAAUUUAGGACAUGCUUUUUGCACGGGUUUGGCCGUACUUUCUGGAAAAUACCUUGCUACCAAAAUCCAAAUGCACAAAGUGUUAUUAUCUGGGGGCUGCCUCUUCAUAAUAUUUGGUUUGGUGUACUUUUAUCAAGGAUUCUCUUAG